CCUGGUUCCUGAAAUGUAUUUUUUUUAAAUAAAUAUUAAAAAGCACAUUCGUGACUUUACGUUUAGGAUUAAAUGCCGUAAUUAACACGUCUUUAAAAAAAAUUCACGUUAUAAAUUGUAAAGUAAAAAAAACUGUUGCCUCGGAGCGGUUGGGAGUCCCAGUCUUCCGGGUUGGGACACGCGUAGAAGGUCCCGGCAUGUCUCCCACGUCUCCUGUGGAUCCUCAGAAAGUCACGGGCUCCACUCCCAGAGAUGCUGCUGCCCAGAUCCAGCGGUGGUCUGCGGGCAUCCGUGCAGGAUGACAGUGUCACCGACGUGCGCUACCGUCGCUUCAUCCUGGUGGCGCUUGUCAUCCACCUGGUGUUUUUCGCCUCCAUCUUCGAGAUCUACUUCAGCUCCCCGCUGGUCCACGGCGCCAGCCCCCAUGCCGCGCCAGGCCCCGCGCCCGCCCGGCGCCUGGUGUUGUUAGUGGCGGACGGGCUGCGGGCAGACUCGAUCUACCGUCCCGUGAGCGUCGGACAAAGCCGUGCACCCUACCUGCGGAGAGUGAUGGAGGAAUUGGGCAGCUGGGGCAUCUCCCACACGCGGGUGCCUACGGAGUCACGGCCGGGACACGUGGCCCUCAUUGCUGGUUUCUACGAGGAUGUCGGUGCUGUGGCUAAGGGUUGGCAAGAAAACCCAGUGGAGUUUGAUUCUGUUUUUAACGAGAGCAGAUUCACUUGGUCAUGGGGAAGCCCUGACAUCCUGCCUAUGUUUGCCAAAGGAGCAAGUGGGGAUCACGUUCACACAUUUUCCUACGAUGCAAAGAAGGAAGAUUUCGCUUCGAAAGACGCCUCUAAAUUGGACACUUGGGUUUUCGAUCAUGUCAAGAGCUUUUUAAAAGAUGCAUCUUCAAACGAAAAGCUGGCCGCCCAGCUGUCCCAGGAUAAAAUCGUUUUUUUUCUACAUCUUCUGGGACUGGACACAAAUGGUCACGCCCAUCGUCCUGCAUCGAGGGAGUACUUGGAUAAUAUCGCAAGUGUGGAUCACGGGAUUGGAGAGAUUGUGUCUAUAAUCGAAGAUUAUUUUGGCAAUGACAAAAAGACCGCUUACGUAUUUACUUCGGAUCACGGCAUGACUGACUGGGGGUCCCAUGGCGCCGGGCAUCUGUCUGAGACUCUCACUCCGCUGAUAGCCUGGGGUGCCGGGGUGAAUAGACCACAUCCCCCGGGUGGACAGAUACACACAGACACUUACUCACAAGAUUGGGGUCUUGGCCACCUUAACAGAAUGGAUGUGAACCAGGCUGAUGUGGCACCUCUCAUGACUUCCCUCCUUGGGAUUCCCUUUCCUCUCAAUUCAGUGGGCGUUCUGCCUCUGGGCUACCUCAACAACUCGGAGCUCUUUAAGGCAGAGAACAUAUUUGCAAAUGCUCAGGCAAUAUUGGAGCAGUUCCAGCUGAAAAUGAAUCAGAAGAAGGAAACUCUGUCCCCUUUCUUCACACCUUACAAGCCUCUGUCCGACAGCACGUGGCAGGAUUUGUUGGCAGUGGCCAGGACCCACAUUGGGCAGCGCAGGUUUCAAGAAGCUGUCAGUGCUUGUCGGGGGCUGAUUGACGUGGCGCUGGACGGGCUGCGGUAUUACCACACCUACGACCGGGCCUUCCUGGGCACCAGCGUGGCAUUCGGUUUCCUGGGCUGGAUCAGCUACGUGGUUCUGCUUGUGCUGCGCAAGCACACGGGCGUGCUGACGCCCUCCAGUGCAGGCACAGCGCAUAGGGACACGCACGCGGCGUCUGCUCUCGCCGUUGGGGCGGCGGUCGUCGUGCUCCUGCUGCUGAAGUUCUCUCCGUGGACGCACUACGUCUACUGCCUGCUGCCCGUGGCCACCUGGGGCGCUGCUACCCAAAGCAUGGAAGAUUGGCGCAAGGUUAUGACGACAUUGCGACUUUGUGGCCUCAAAUCUUUGCUUGGAGGUUUGCUCUUGUCAGUGAGUGGAAUUGAAAUAAUGGUUUUGAGUUUCUUUUACCGCGAGAUGCUGAGUGUGGAGCUCGUAGCGUUGGCGGUGUGGCCUUUUACGACUGUCCUUUGGACUAAGGACAAGCUCGUGUCUGGGAGCUGGUCGCUUGCCUGCCUGUUGCUGGCCAUCCACCCCCUGCUGCCGGUGGUGGGGAGGGAUGCCAACAUCUCCCUUGUAGUGCUGGCUGGUGUUCUAACCAUCCUGCUGUCAGCACUGUUGAUGCUUGCGCUCCAUCGGGUGUUGAAAACGUCUGACUUCUCAUGGUGGCAGACCGCCACAUGUCUGACACAAAUGUGCAGCGUGGCGAUGUCGGUCUACAUUGUGAACAGCACACAUGGCAGUCUUGCCGCAAAAGAGGGCCUGCCCCUCUUCAACCAAAUCACCAGCUGGGCCACGCUUGGGUCAUCUCUUCUGGUGCCAAUGCUGAGCCCCACCCUGGUGAUCCACCGCCUGCUCAGCGUGUACCUGGCUUUCAUGUCCCCCUACCUCCUCAUGAGCACCUCACACGAGGCCCUGUUCACGCUCUCGCUCGAGGGCCUCAUGCUGGCCUGGGUGUGCGUGGAGGCCAGGACGGCUCGGCUCCAGGGCCUGGCCCCUCGUGGCGAGUUAUCAAAAAUGGAUUUCGCCUCGUCUGCCUUUGACACGUGGAGACAUCUCAAGCUGGAUGACAUUCGAAGGGGCUACUUUUUUGUGUUUUUUAUUAUAUCGGCUUUUUUUGGAACUGGAAACAUCGCCUCCAUUAACAGCUUUGACCCUGCAUCAGUUUACUGUUUCACAACAGUGUUCAGCCCCUUCGUAAUGGGGGCACUCAUGAUGUGGAAGAUCCUUAUUCCUUUCAUCGUAGUUAUGUGUGCUUUUGAAGCUGUUCAAGAUUGCACGCGACUUUCCUCUAAGAGCCUUUUCCUGAUUGUGCUCAUCUUGUCUGAUAUUAUGGCUGUGCAUUUUUUCUUUUUGGUCCAAGACUAUGGAAGCUGGCUCGACAUUGGAACAAGCAUCAGCCACUUUGUGAUUGUGAUGUUAACAACGAUCUUCCUCAUGCUGCUGAAUGGCCUUGCUCACAUCCUGACGAGAAAAUGCAUCGCAUUUCACAACCACCACGUCAAGAUUCUCUAGCCAUGAGUGGGCUCCAGGUUUUAAGGGUUCAUUUCGUGAUGGGUUUAACUGAAAAAUAACAAGAGUGUUUACUGCAAAUGGUUUAGUCAGUAAUGUGCACGACUUGGAAGUCUAACAUUGUCAUAACGCCCUCGUAUAUAAACUAAGCACGUGAAGCUAUUUCACCUUUACAGAACUCCGCUCACUUUGACCAGUUGUAAAAGCCUGUUGGAAUAAUGUAUCGCCCCAAUAAUUGACGAUUAAGAUUGAACAUUUUGCUGAGUAAAUAUUUUUGGUUACCGACCUAUGUUCACUGUUAUCAUGGUGCAAUGAUUUUUGUAAUUGCAUCGCCAAUGUGCUGUAAACAUUUGUAUUUAUACAAUUCUAAAUGGGCACCUACUUAUUUAAAUAAGCGGACUUACAAUGAAGCAUUUUGUACUCUGGCCUAAAAUAAAUGAAUACAAUUGGUCCAAAUCAUUUUUGAUAUGCAUUAGUACUCAGUAUCUGCAUCUUUAUUGAAUUCGACGUUGGAUGCACUGGGCAGUUUCUUUAAGAUUUAGAGUAUCAUGUUACGUCGCCAACAAUUUGUAUAUGGAAACGUACAUAUGCACGGCCACUUAAAAGUCUUCAAUAAUCGUCAUGGGGAAAAAAAAAAACUGUACCUGAAAAGGAGGAACGUUUGUGGACACAAGCUUUCACGAUUACCGUAUUUUCCCGCAUAUAGCCCGCAUACACAUAUAACCUGCAGACGCAUAUACCCUGCAAAAAUAGCGUUUUGUGUAAAACAUAUUUCAGAUACCCCGCACCUCCGUAUACCCCG